AAAGCACAUUGUUUUGCUCAUUAGAGAGAGAGAGAGAGAGAGAGAGAGGAGGGAGGAGAGGGAAAGGGAAGAAGGAAGAAAGAAAGAGAGAGAGAGAGAGAGAGAGAGAGAGAGAGAGAGAUGGACGAUUCGGCUCUAGGCGGAGCCUCCCUGCCAUCGGGCCCCGACGCCAAGAAGCGGCGCGUGACCUACUUCUACGAGCCCUCGAUCGGCGACUACUACUACGGCCAGGGCCACCCCAUGAAGCCCCACCGCAUCCGCAUGUCCCACAAUCUCAUCAUCCACUACUCCCUCCACCGCCGCAUGGAGAUCAACCGCCCCUUCCCCGCCGGCCCCCACGACAUCCGCCGCUUCCACUCCGACGACUACGUCGACUUCCUCUCCUCCGUCACCCCCGAGACCGUCCACGACCACACCCACGCCCGCAACCUCAAGCGCUUCAACGUCGGCGAGGACUGCCCUGUCUUCGACGGCCUCUUCUCCUUCUGCCAGGCCUCCACCGGGGGCUCCAUCGGGGCCGCGGUCAAGCUGAACCGGCAGGACGCGGAUAUCGCGCUCAAUUGGGCCGGGGGGUUGCAUCAUGCGAAGAAGUCCGAGGCCUCGGGGUUCUGCUAUGUUAACGACAUCGUUUUGGGCAUCCUUGAGCUCCUCAAGGUUCACAGGCGGGUACUGUAUGUAGAUAUCGACGUCCACCAUGGAGAUGGUGUUGAGGAGGCAUUUUUCACCACAGACAGAGUGAUGACUGUGUCUUUCCACAAAUUUGGAGACUUCUUUCCUGGAACUGGGCAUAUUAAAGACAUUGGGGCAGGGCGUGGUAAGUACUAUGCGCUGAAUGUCCCCUUAAACGAUGGAAUUGAUGAUGCGAGUUUCCGUGGUCUAUUUCGUCCCAUCCUCCAAAAAGUUAUGGAGGUUUACCAGCCGGAUGCAGUUGUCCUCCAAUGUGGAGCAGAUUCGUUGGCUGGUGACAGAUUGGGGUGCUUCAACUUGUCUGUCAAAGGUCAUGCGGAUUGCCUUCGUUUUCUUAGAUCUUUCAAUGUCCCUCUAAUGGUAUUGGGUGGGGGAGGCUAUACGAUUCGGAAUGUUGCACGCUGCUGGUGUUAUGAGACUGCAGUCGCUGUGGGAGUGGAACCUGAUAAUAAAUUGCCUUACAAUGAGUACUAUGAAUACUUUGGGCCUGAUUACACUCUUCAUGUUGAACCAAUGCCCAUGGAUAACCUGAACUCAACCAAAGAUCUGGAAAAGAUAAGGAACAUGCUUCUUGAGCAACUCUCGAGAUUGCCAAAUGCACCUAGUGUACAAUUUCAAACAACACCUCCCAUUACUCAAGUUCCUGAAGAGGCGGAAGAAGCUAUGGAUCGAAGACCAAAACAGCGCAUAUGGAAUGGUGAGGAGUAUGAAUCUGAUGCCGAUGAAGAUGAGAAACCUCGGUUUCAAAGCUUAAACUCUGAUAGUCGCCCUAGUGUGAAAACGGAAAUGAGGGAUGCCGCAGAUGGAAUCAAAAAAGAGAUCAAAGACGAGACUAUGACAGAUGCACAUACUCCAUCUUGAUAUGGAUGAAAAGCUGUACGGGUCACCAUUAGGGUUUACAAUUCACGCUCCGUCAAUUUUCUUUGUGAAGGGAAAAUUUACAUAAUUUGGAGUAGGUGCUUAACGCAUGCCGAGUCAUUGAUGUACCAUUUGUUUGCUCUAUUUCCCUACUCCCCACCCUCCUUGUACCCCUUCAGCUCUUGAAGUAGUAUGGAGUAGAUUGUAGAAUUAUGUAUUAGCAUAGAAGGAUAAUGGUCCUGGCAUUGUACAGCCAAGGAGUUGGUUUCUACGGAUGACAGGAGUGAGUUUUGGUAUGAUUAACUAAACUCUGCAUUUUUAGAUGUGCGCAAAUUUGUUGCAUCUUUUUGCAAUGUUGCCAAAUGGCUCAAAGGACUGGCGCUUUGAAAUGGAAAUUAGAUUGAGAUUGCUCGUGA